CUUCCUGUGACCUCAGCACUGGAAGAGGGACGCCUCGAGAACCCGCUGGAGUGAUGGCGAUGUCGUAGUGUGAAGAUCUCUCUGUCGUUAAAACAGAAUCCUACAGGGAUAGUAUGAUGGCUAGAAUACGCUUGCGCAUUACCCCUCUUGCGGGCUACCUCUGCGUCCUGGCCUUCUACAGUGGUAUGAUGUUCCUCUCCGUCAUCAGCGAGAAGGAAAAAGCAGCUUCGUUAACCUUGGACUCCGAGGAACCUGCUUUUAUUAGGUUGCAUAAGUCAUCGAGAAGUAAGAACGACAACGUGGCGCUGCAAGACGUGGCCGAUUUCUUCGACAGGAUCAGCACGCUGGAGACGAGGUGCCGGAAGAUGGUCCGUUUCGGCGGCACGUUUUGUAAAGGGUACCUUGACAACGAGAAGUAUGUGUGUAUGGACGACGACGUACUGCUACGUUCCAGAAACUGCACAGUUUAUUCUUUUGGCGUUGGGGCUGACACCACCUUCGAUGACACGGCGAGUUACUAUGGCUGCGACGUCUUUAUGUUCGACCCCACGGUCAAUGGCACGGAACUACAGAUGUCCAACACGAAGAGAGAGACCUUCUAUCCUUGGGGUCUCAGCGCACGCCAUUAUAAGCAAAAUUUUACCAUAGAAUUUGAUGACAAACCGUCGGCCUUGAUCGUUGGAGAGUUCACGACUUAUGAAGACAUCAGGAAGAGACUCAGCCACCAGGAACGAGAUGUGAAUUAUUUAAAGAUAGACAUCGAGAACAUGGAAUGGUCUGUCUUGCCGCAGCUGGUGAGAGAUGGCCACCUGGACCGGGUGUCGCAGCUGGCCAUCGAAGUGCACACCAUGGACAUCAUCAUAGCACCUCCAGAAAAGGUACUGCCUAUGCUGCAGAGUUACUGGCAGAUCCUGGAGAGUCUAAAGCAGCUGGGUUUCCUGCGGGCGAAGCACCGUUUCAACACCGUGCUGGAGUCCACUUACCUCGACCGCGCGCACAACCGGUCUCUUUCGACGUGCAUGGAGAUCCUGUAUAUAAAGAGAGGGUUCAAUCGGCGGUCGCAACUGCAGCGCCACCUUCCUCCCCCCGAUGUUUCCCUGUAGUUAUUUUGGCGUUGUAGUUUUUUUUUCUAAUUUUCAUUUUUGUUGGUAAUUUAUUGGUGUUUUCCGUCUGUUUUUUUAUUUUUGUAUUAUUAUUAUUUUUUUUACUGAUUUCAUUUUGCU